AUGAGCGUUUGUACGAACGGAACGGCGCCGUCGGUCUCGUCCAUCAAUCGUAUACUUAGGAACAGAGCGGCCGAAAGAGCGGCCGCAGAGUUCGCCCGAAACUAUCAGUUGGCGGCCGCGGCCACCGCCGCCUCUGUUCACUACCCACUCGGACCGCAUCCUCACCACCAUUCGGCACAUCCGGCCCAUCCAUACGCCGGAGGCAACUCAGGUCACGCCCACCAGCUGUACGCGGCGUGGGCUGCGGCGGCCACAGCGGCGGCACUGGCCUCUCACCAACACCCGCACGCGGGACAGACUGGCCAUCACUUCUGGCCGCCAUCGCCUCUAACACACGCGGCGUUAUUACAACAGCAACACAACAAUAGAGAGGAUUUAGAGAAUAGCAGUCCGAGAGAUAGAGACGUGGAAAAGGACGACAUUAAGCACAAUAGCAAUAGCAGUACUCAUAGCAACUCCUCAUCACCAAACCAUAGCAACACAUCAGCCGUACUCUCACAACAACAGUUAGCAUUUGAUUCUCACCUCUCAUUCGACCCCAACUCGAGUUCAGCCAAAUUUCGUCGAAACCGAACCACUUUCUCACACCAGCAGUUGGAAGUACUCGAAGAAGAGUUUGAACGAACUCACUAUCCAUGUGUCACCACCAGAGAGAGGUUAGCGCAGAUCACCAGCCUCUCCGAGGCCAGGGUUCAGUUAAUUAUAGAUAUAUGA